UACUGUACUGCGCGCGAGGAUUAGCCGUUAGCUCGUUUGAUUUCACAGCGAGCGAUCAUGGCGUCGGUGCGCAGCCUGCGGGUGUCUGUAAAGUCCGACAGCGCGUCCGAUCGGUCAGAGUCAGACUCGGAAUCAGAAUCGGAUCGGGAUGCCCGUGAAGCGGAGCCCAUGGAGGUGGAUGACGGAGAACUGGAGUCCAUUUCUGUUAACCGAAGUUUAAAGGAACUGUUGCCGGACACCAGCAGACGAUAUGAAAAUAAGGCUGGUACAUUUAUCACUGGGAUUGAUGUAACUUCUAAGGAGGCCAUUGAGAAGAAGGAGAAGCGAGCAAGAAGAUUUCAUUUUCGAGCAGAGGAGAAUCUGUCGCAGAGAAAUGUCAUCUUGGACAGGGAGGUGGUGAAGGAAGCUAUCCCAAAGGUGCGACUGGAAGCCCUACUCAUGAGUGGUGUAGAUGACAUGAGCACUCAAGAUAUUUUUGGCUACUUUAAAGAGUAUCCGCCCGCCCACAUUGAGUGGAUAGAUGACACAUCCUGCAACGUGGUGUGGCUAGACGACAUCACUCCAGCCAGAGCUCUCAUUAACUUGAGUCGGAUGCCAGACAAAGAAGAGGUCACAAACGCAGACAGCUCGAAACCUUCUGAAACUCCAGUCCAGCCACAGAAAGCACAACGAAACUGUGGCUCUGAUGAUGAUGAUGAUGAUGAGGAGGAGGGGGAGGACGAAGGCGAGGUAGAUGAUGAUGAUGAAGUGGUGAAAGCAGACAAGAGCAAGAGUAGUGAUGGCAGCGAGGGUAAGGCUAGCGAAAUUGAAGAGGAGACUGAGAAGACGACACCGGAAACCACAGAGACGGACCUGCUAUCCCAGACAGAGAGAGAAUCUCUUUUUCGGAACGAUCCGAGACCCACAAUCAAGCCCUUCAAAGGCAACAAGCUGUUGUUGCGCUUUGCCACCUAUGAUGACAAAAAGGAGUUAGGUGCGGCCAGGAGAAGUCGGUACUAUAUGAAAUAUGGGAAUCCAAAUUAUGGCGGUAUGAAAGGCAUCCUAAGUAAUUCCUGGAAACGGAGAUAUCACACGCGGAGAAUCCAGCGUGACGUUCUGAAAACCAAAAAGUCUCUUAUUGGAGACAGCAUGGGACACACCCCACCCUACACUCACCGACACUCUGCUGACCUGGUAAACCUGCCAGAAGAGCCAAUAACAGAAGAGGAAGAAGAAGAAGAUGAUUUAGAAGAGGACAUGGAUGCUGAUGAUAGAGUGGUGGAGUACAGAGAACGAGGAGACAAGGAACGGGGUGAAGGGGGUCUGCGCAGUCGCUUAGGAGACCCAUCACCUGGCUCUUCAGAUUCAGAUGAGAUGGACUAUGACCUGGAACUGAAGAUGAUCUCUACACCCUCCCCCAAAAAGAGCAUGAAGAUGACCAUGUAUGCUGAUGAGGUGGAAACCAACCUUCGCAGUCUUCGUAACUCUAUACAGGGUGACACAAGUAGCAGUGUUAAGAGUCGCAUUGGUAGUAGUAGUAGUUGUGGUGGUGGUGAUUGUGGAGGAGGUGGCUCAUCCAAAUCUACAUCGGACAAAGUGACAGAUGUGAGGCAGUUAUUGGAGGAGAAGAGGCAGGGACUCUCUCAACCAAGAUCACGUCCCCCAGUGAUGUCUUCUAGUGGCAAGACUGAUGUGAGACAAAGAUUAGGCAAGAGGCCACACUCUCCAGAAAGACAACAAUCUGUGUCUCCCAUCAUAUCUAGGAGUGCAGUUUCUCGGAGAGAGCCUUUGACAGACGUGCGCAGCAGACUUGGCGUGGCUAAACAUGAUAGCCGUGGUCUCUACUCGGAGUCCUCAAAAGAUAAGAAAACCGGGAGCUUGUGGAGUCGCCUCGGCCCAUCACACAAGGACGGUAGUGACAAUCGCAAGGUUACUUCUCGAGCGUCCUCCUCAAGAAGAGAGAUAAGACGACAAGAUGACGUGGAAUCUGAUGGAGUUGAUGAAGACGAUGAUGAAGAGGAUGACUCUCAGCUGCAGAAGAUGUGGGGAGCAAUGAUCAAACAGAAGGAGCAGCAGUCCAACAAGAUGAAAAAAAGCAGACUGGACAACCUGCCAUCACUGCAGAUCGAGAUCAGUCGAGAUAGCAGUAACAGCUCGGACAGUGACUCCUAAGUGACUCCCGCUGUAGGGGGAAGUGUAGGAAAUUAUGGUGUACAAGAUAAAGUGGAAGAGAGUUGGAGAACAUCUGGACUAAGAGACCCUGACAUAAAUACUUGAACAUUCCCACACUCCCACCUCUUGCCUCUAUAUAGACUUUGCAGAUGCUCUCCUUUGGUCUCUGUACUGUAUUGACUAUUAGAGAGUUGUUUAGAAAGAGAGGACAGACUCAAUUUUUGUUUUGUCAUUUCAAAGAAAGGGCAGUGAUGAGAAAGCCCUUGUGUUUGUUUUUCUUCAAAAGAAAAUGUUGAGAUUGAUUUUAUUGAACUCAUUGAGGGCCCAUUUUUAAUAUAUGGUGAUGCACCAGGUUAAUUAAAAAAAAAAAAACAGUCCUAUGAGUUGAUUUAGUGACUGGAAUAUCAAGUGAUGUAAAUUGGUGUCUAAUAGCAAUAGUUUUUUAAUAUUGUUCGUGUCAAUGAUAAGUUAAUGGAUGGUUGGGUUAUAUUCAUGUUACAUUACUAAGACUGUCCAAUCACUGUGGGUUUGAUGCGGAGACGGUACUUUUGUUUCUCUGGUGCAAGCCGUAUUAUUGCAAAGACCGGACCAGGAUGGAUUAAUGCUUUAAUUUACUCCGCUCUGUGAGAGGGGCACAUACUGUAGUCAGUUUAAUGAUCAUGUUCCCAACACAAAAUUGUCUACAUUCCCUAAAUAUAUGUGAUCAGUGAAACAAGAUUUCAUGAGGAAAAA